AGUCGUUGAGUGUCGACGGCGUUAGUUAACAUGGCUGGUCAAGCUGCGAGUGUCGUUCGUCAAGUGAAACCAAUUUUAUCUGUCAAUCGAAAAGAUGCGCGUCGAAAAGUGCUUACGUUGUACAAAGCAUGGAUCCGUCAAGUACCAAUCUCAUGUACGCGAUUCUCACUGUCUGUUAUCUUAUAAUAUUCCCAAAAGUGAAGUAGACUGUAAACGAAAGAUACGUGAGGAAUUUAGACGUCAUGCUCAUCUUACUGAUUUACGGAUUAUAGACAUAGUUAUUGUAAAGGGUCAAAUGGAGUUGCAAGAAGUAGCUAACCUGUGGAAACCUGCAGGAGCACUUAUGCAUUAUUGGAAAGAAACGUGGGAAAAAAAGCCAACUGAUUUCAUGUCAAAAUUUCUCAGUGGCCAGGAUUAAUUUAUUCUACCAUUAGUUUACGAGAUGUAUCAUAGAAAUAUAAUUGUAUAAAAAAUAAAAUAAAUAUAUAAAUAUAAAUAUAAA